AUGUUGCAACUACUCAUUAUUGUCAGUCUUCACUGCGUAACAUUCAUAUUGUCUAGUAUCAUUUCACUUGGUCAGCAAUUAUCCAAUGAAUUUGGAUCAACCAUCAAGCAUUAUGUCCGACAUGAGGAGGUGCGGCAGAGUCGGGCGGGACUGGCUCGAGUCGAGUUGGUUAGGUCGGGUCGGGUUGGCUCAGACGUGAUGGGCGAAUAUUUCUUUAAUAUUGACCACGGUUAUUUGGAGGGUUUAGUCCGAGGAUUCAAGGAAGGUAUUCUGACACAAACCGAUUAUACCAAUCUUGUUCAAUGCGAAACUCUUGAAGAUCUGAAACUUCAUAUUCAGUCAACAGAUUAUGGAAGUUUUUUGGCAAAUGAACCAGGCUCAAUAACAGUCCAGGUUAUUGAUGAGCGAUUGAAAGAAAAGCUGGUAACGGAAUUUACACAUUUUCGAAACAAUGCCCUGAAGCCCUUGUCAACAUUUUUGGAUUAUAUAACAUACUCGUAUAUGAUUGAUAAUAUCAUUUUGCUGAUUACGGGGACAUUACAUCAACGGCCAAUCAAUGAGCUUAUCUCGAAAUGUCAUCCUCUUGGUUCUUUUGAGCAGAUGGAAGCUAUUCAUAUCGUUUCAACACCAGCUGAACUUUAUAAUGCCGUGCUUGUGGAUACUCCUUUAGGCAAAAAUUAUUCUUGA